AUGGACAGUGCAAUGGAUUCGGCAUCGACGGCCAGUGAUCACAGUAUUGCGUCGUCAAACGAUUCCCGGGGUCGGAACUUGUCUUCUCCGGCGAUGCCCCAUACGCACAAUGGCGGUGGUCACAAUUUGGACAAAACGCGAACUCCAACCCCGGUGAGUCCGGUUCAGCAGCACAACAGCCACGGAACGAGCCUGUCGCACGGUGCCGGCCGACAGAUGGCCUCUAGUCCCCUGGGAGCAACCCCGCAGCAGAUGAUGAGUAUGCCUCAUCCGCUAAGUCCACCGCACGUGUCGACGCCGAAUGCGAUGGCCAUGGUCGGAAUGCCACCCCGGAUGGCCGGAAACUUGUCGCACAUUCCACCACAUGGACUGGGUUUGCUGAACUCUUUCAUGCACCAUGCAAGUCCGCUGGACCUGAUGGCCGCUGCUCAUCAUCAUGUACCUCCCCGAUCUUACAACAGUCCACCGCCGAUCUCCAGCUCCGAUCCAACGGCCAACGAGUGCAAGCUGGUCGACUAUCGGGGCCAGAAGGUGGCCGCCUUCAUCAUCCAGGGCGAAACGAUGCUCUGUCUUCCGCAGGCUUUCGAGCUGUUCCUGAAGCAUCUGGUCGGUGGUCUCCACACGGUCUACACCAAGCUGAAACGGCUGGACAUCGUGCCGCUGGUUUGCAACGUCGAACAGGUGCGGAUACUCCGUGGGCUCGGUGCCAUCCAGCCUGGCGUCAACCGGUGCAAGCUGCUGGCCUGCAAGGACUUCGACGUGCUCUACCGCGACUGUACCACCGCCAGAUGCUUAUCGAUAAAACCACCCGAGAGUAACUCUCUGCUAUCGCACAGCUCUAGGCCCGGCAGACCCCCGAAACGAGGCCCCGUCGGACUGUCGAUGCCGGGGACGCACAUGUCGCACCACCAUGCGGCCGCCGCCGCCGCCUCCCAGAUCAAGAAGCACCGGCUGGAUAACGGCGAGUUCGUGUACGAGAACGGACAUCUGAACGAUCUCCCCCGCCUGGACAAAUCCCCCCUGCUGGCGAAUGGUUACAAUGCACCGCCCACGCACCUGAACCACAUCCCGUUCAUGCAGAUGAAUCCGCACCCCGGCGGUGGUCAUCCGCUGAUGAGUCCCGGCGUCAACCCGCAUGGAAUUCCACGACCGGAUGGAUCGAUCAUCAAGGGACAGAACAUCCCCGGAAUGGAGGCUAUUGCUAGAGCUGCUUACGAAGACAUUGUCAAGCAUUUGGAGCGACUACGCGAAGAACGAGGCGAGGAUCGAACUGUCAAUCUAGAGCAGAAGCCACGCGACCUGAGCUCCCAAAAUGUACCCCCUCCCGACUCACCGAACGGUGCAAGUCCGGUGCUAAAUCUGUCGAAAUCCGGCGGCGAUCAGACCAGCGGUGGCGCCCCCAGCGAGCGGAGUAAUCAAAAUUCGCCCGAACCUUCGGUGCACGAAGAGGACGAAAACAUCAGUGAAGCAAACAUAUCGGACACCGAGGAGCCGAACGAGAAGGAGGAAGACAUCAGCGAUUGCGAACGGGACAUUUCGUCACCGGUACCGGCAACGGUUCCGGUUUCGCAGGAAAUGGAAAGCCGCCAGCAGGCGCUCAACUACUCCAGUCUGGCCGCUACGGCAGCUGCCGUUGCCGUCGGUAAUGUCCCGACGGCUCAGGAUCCGACGCACUCGUCCACGGAAACGUUACUGCGCAACAUCCAGGGUCUGCUCAAGGUCGCUGCCGAUAACGCUCGGCAACAGGAACGGCAGACCAGCUACGAGAAAGCCGAACUGAAGAUGGACGUAAUCCGAGAGCGCGAAGUCAAGGAUUCACUGGAACGUCAGUUGGCCGACGAAAAGCGACUUCGAGGACUCUACCAGAAGCGUUUCAAAAAGGAGCGUCGGUUGCGGGUGCAGCUGAAGGAACGAUUGGAUGCCGAGCGGAAACGGCGCACUCAGCUGGAAGAAAUUAUCAAGGCUUCGGGUGCUCCGGCGGAAGCAUUACGGAUUAUCGCAGAAAACAUCAACAACGACCAGCAGCGCGAGAAGGAACGGGAACGGGAACGCGAAGCCGAGCGUGAGCGCGAAAAGGAACGGGAAGCGGAACGCGAACGGGAAAAGCACCGUGACAAGGGCCGUGACGAUCGGGACCGAAGCGAAUCGGAUCGGCUGCGGGAACGGGAGCUCGAUCGGGAGCGGAGUCGAGAGCACGAACGGGACCGGGAUCGCGACAGAGGAUCCUCCGUCGAGCGGUUCUCCAAGGAGGGCAGCCCGAUCAUCUCGCGGGGCGGCGUAAGUCAGGGCGUUUCACCCCCGCAGCCACACAUCCCCGAUGGUAAGGCGUGGAACUAUCCGGGGCUGGACAUCAUGGCCACCGGUGCAUUUUGGCAGAACUAUUCCGAAUCCUUGGCUCAAGAGUUGGAACUCGAGCGCAAAGUGCGACAACAGGCCGCCGAAGGCGAAGGCGUCAAAGGGCCACUCCAGGAUCGGUCCAAUUAUUACAAAAACUCCGUUCUGUACACCAGUGCCACUUAG